UGAAUUACACGGCGGGAGACCGGUAAGGAAAGCUGCCCGAUCUGGUUGCUUUGAGUAAAACUAUUCUAAGCCAUCAAUCAGCUAGCUUUGCCACUUGAGUAAAGGAGAGAUAUUGGCAGUCUGGGACAGGAGCCUUUUGUGACUGAAUGGAACAUAUACUUUCCCAUUGUCCACUGUCAACAUUCUUUUAGUGCUCACUCCACAUGUCAAUUUUCUUUUCUCUAAUGCUAGCUGCUUUCACAUGCUUUAUUAGGCGAGGUACCAAAAAUUUGAUUGGGACAUAAGCAAGGCUAGUUGCAAUGUUAAUUGCAUGCUCAGCUUCCAACUAUAAAUACACCAUUCGAGCCUCGGGACAAAGUCCAUGCCUCAUUUCAAGCAAGCUUCUCUCAUCUCUGUAUCCCAGUAACCUAUCUCAUUCCAAUUUCCAAGCUUGGGGAACCGCAGCUUCUUCCUCAUUUCCAUUCGUAAGCAGCUCGACCACCUCAACCAAAGAUGAAGAUCGGGAAGGCUCCUGAACUCGUGAAGAAGGCAGCAGCGAUGUGCAAGAGCAAGACUGGGGUGCUCGCUGCCAGGCUCCUCAUCCUCGCCUCGCUCCAGCGCCGCGGGAUGGCCACGGCCGCGGUGGUCUCUCACAAGAUUGACGCGCUUAUUAUGGCCGACUGGGAGAGAGUUGACCGCCACAAGGCUCUCGCGCUACGCACGGUCGAGAAGAGACCAGUUGUCGUCCAUAAGGAUGAUUUGGCGGCCAAUUUCCCUCGUCACUUGGGGAUGAUCGAUCAAGAGAAUGGUCAUGGUGGAUGCCAUGCUGACAGGACACUCCAUCCCCUCUUCAACGACGACCACAAUAACUGUCGUUACACUUGCGAUGGUGAUGUGCUACUUGAUUCAUGUGAUCAAGAUGAUGAUGAUGAGCCGUCAGUCCUGGAUGUGAUCAGGAGUAACCGAGAAGUUGAGGGGUUGGAGUUCAAUCUGGAGGAGGAGAUUGAUCAGGCUGCUGAUAUGUUCAUUAGGAGGUUCCGGCAGCGGCUGAACGAGGGAUUUUAGGGUUUUGUUGGCACAUGCAUGUACCCUGGCUAGGGUGUUGUCUUCCUUUCAGGUGCCCACAAAUUAGAAAAUUUUGUAGAAAUCAAUAUGAUCGAGUAGGAGUUAAAGCUUGACAAACGA